AUGGAAGAACAGACCGUGCUCAACUUGUUCGGCAAAAUAUCGUCGCUCGACUCCGGUGAAUCUGCUCUGCUGUGGCGAGAUGCCCGUCUUGCACCGGCGUAUGUCGCCGUCAUAUCUGCCGCAACGGCUCUAUUCGUGGCAGUGGUCAACAGUCAAAGCAAAAAAGGCUCACCUGACGAGGAGCGUUUAUCAACUGUUGGACAGGGCGACACCACCGCCUAUCUCUUCAACAUCGCUCGGGUCGUGUCUACGUUGACGCUUCUCGCCCUCUACAUCCUUGAUGUAGUGCGGUACAGCGGCAUUCUUGACCUGAUCGUCUGCUCGGCAUACGUUUACGCCUCGGUACUCGCUCUUCUCAGUGUCGUUGCCAGAGCAUCUUUGGCGCGCACCGCGUCCACCCACCUUGGCACUAUACUGCUGGUAUCCUUCGCAGUAUAUGCGUACAGGGAUAUCUGGCCGCUCAUGACCUAUACCCUUGUUCCUGUCGACGGGAAAGAGGGUGCGCUGCUCUGGGUCAAGCUCGCUCUGCUUACCUACGCCGGUGUACUCGUUCCUCUCCUCAUUCCCCGCACCUACAUUCCUCUGGAUCCUAAUAAGCCCUCUCCCGAGCCAAACCCAGAACAAACCGCCUCGCUUCUCUCACUCCUCACAUACUCCUUCCUCGACAAACACAUCUUCCUGGCCUACCGCCUACCCCACCUCAGCUUCGACCUCCUCCCGCCCCUCGCGGACUACGACCGUACGGCGCAUCUCGUGGACCGCAGCUUCGAACACCUCGAUACCUUCUCCGGAGCGCCGAGAGUGCAUAUGCUCUGGGCGCUCAUGCGGGUCUUCCGUAGUGAGUUUGUGGGUACUUCCGUUCUCAUGGUCCUAUGCGCCUUGGCGUCAUUUUUUGCGCCUGUCGGUAUUAACCGCCUCCUCGCAUACAUCGAGUCCGGCGGAGAAGAAGCGACCGUGCGCCCGUGGGUGUGGAUCUCAUUGAUGUUCCUUGGUCCGGCCGUUUCAACGACGUUCAUGCAGCUCUAUAUCUGGAUCACCACGGCCGCUGUCGUGCGGUUGGAGGCUAUGUUCACGCAGCUCAUAUUUGAGCAUGCCUUGCGCCUUCGCAUGAAGGCUGAGGUGUCUUCAACAUCCACACGUCUCUCCGAAGAAGAGACGGGGAAUGAGACCGAUGGAAUCGGCUCACCUACCGCUGCAGGAGACACGAACAGUGGCGCCCAAGACCCGAGGACUGCGCAGACAAACCAGGAUCAGGGUGAGAACCUCGUGGGAAAGAUCAACAAUCUCGUUGCAGUGGAUCUGGAGAACAUCAGAGAAGGUCGCGAUCUGGCUCACCUCUGUGUCUACACACCGGUCAUCAUCGUCGCAGGGGUGUACUUUCUAUACCUUGUUCUCGGAUGGAGUGCCUUCGUCGGUGUUGCUGUGAUGAUCGCUUGCCUGCCGCUCCCGGGAUGGGUGGCCAAGCUGAUACAAGACAUACAAGAGACCGCAAUGAAGAAGACGGAUGCGCGAGUGCAAACGGUGACGGAGAUGCUCGGCGUGCUUCGCAUGAUAAAACUCUUCGGAUGGGAGCAGAAGAUAGCGGAUAGGCUCGCGGUGAAGCGGGACGAGGAGCUGAGGUGGAUCAAAGCUCGCGAGCUUGCGACGUUGGCUAUGGACAUCUUCAACCACAUCAUCCCGCUAUUUCAGAUGGUGGCGACGUACGCCGUGUACACCCUCGUCAUGAAGAAACAGCUCACGGCGUCGAUUGUUUUCUCAUCUAUCUCUGUUUUCGAGCUUCUCCGCGAGGGUGUGGAGACAUUCUUUCAAUACGUCUCUCCUAUGAUUCAAGCGAAGGUAUCACUUGAUCGAGUCACCGAGUUCCUGCAGAAGACGGAGUUGUUGGAUCUCUACGCUGCACAAGCGGACGGUGUCGCCCUGAAUGAGACCAUGAUGAGAGGCGCGCCGGAAGACCCUCAUGUCCUCGGCGCGAACGAUGCAUCAUUCACUUGGUCGGCAUCGAAGUCCGAGGCUACAAGAGUACCCUCUCAACGCACGUUCACACUCUGCAUCCCCGGCAGACUCGAGUUCAAACGCGGCGCCAUCAAUCUUAUCGUCGGCCCUACUGGUUCUGGAAAGACGAGUCUGCUUAUGGCUUUACUGGGGGAGAUGCACUUCGAAACACUUGUACCCGGGGCAUGGGUUAAUCUACCACGAGAAAGGGGUGUCGCUUACGCAGCGCAGGAGAGCUGGGUGCAGAACGAGACUAUCAGGGACAAUAUCUUGUUCGGGGCGCCAUACGAUGAGGAUCGUUACAAGCAGGUGAUCUAUCAGUGCGCUCUCAAGCGCGACCUGUCGCUCUUCGACGCCGGCGAUCGGACCGAAGUAGGCGAGAAAGGUCUCACGCUGAGUGGAGGACAGAAGGCGCGCAUCACCCUCGCUCGUGCCAUCUACUCCCCUGCAGAGACGGUUCUCUUGGACGACGUGCUCGCUGCGCUUGAUGUGCAUACUGCCAAAUGGAUAGUCGAUAAGUGUCUCAAGGGCGAUCUUGUACGCGGUCGCACCGUGAUUCUUGUUACACAUAACGUUGCACUUGCUGGUCCUAUCUCGGAAUAUGUCGUCGCCUUACAGACAGACGGGACCAUCGCUACUCGCUGGCCUUACGCUGAAGUGCUUGCAAAAGACAAGUCACUAUCAGAGGAGGCGAAGCAAGAUGCACGGGCGCUUGAGAAGGUAGACGAGGAGGUCGACGACGGCGAUGAUAAGGAUGCACGCGCCACAGUCACGAAGUAUGAUGGCAAACUAGUCGUUGAGGAGGAGAUCGUGGAAGGUCAUGUAUCUAACAAAGCCCUAAGCAUCUUCUUCUCGGCGCUUAGCGGAAAGCACGGCAUGCUCUUUUGGCUUGCAUUCCUCGGUGGCAUAGUUAUGAGCGACGUAUUCGCCAAUACUCAGACUUGGUGGAUGGGGCGCUGGGCUGAUGCAUACAGAGACGUAGCUUCGGGCAUUCAAGUGGACUCUAUCUUCUAUAUCUGCACCUACUGCGCGAUGGUCCUGGGCUCCUGCGUCGUCUUCUUCACGGGAGUGUGGGUGUACGUCUCAGGUGUCAUCCGCGCAGCGCGGCAGAUCCAUGCGCAACUCAUGGAUGCUGUCCUUGGAACCACUCUCAGAUGGUUAGAUUCGACACCAACGUCCAGAAUUGUUACGCGCGCAACAAGAGAUAUCUAUGCCGUCGAUGGACCUUUUGCCAAUGGGUUCAAACACCUUGUUCAAGUCUCCGCGACCAUGAUAAUCAAGCUCCUGGCCAUCGUCAUCUUUACCCCUGUCUUUAUCGUACCCGGUACUCUUGUCUUCAUCGCCGGACGCUGGUUUGGCAACGUAUACAUGCGCGCGCAGCUCUCCGUUAAGCGUGAGAUGUCCAAUAAGCGCGCGCCUGUACUUGGCCACUUCGGUGCCGCCAUCGCCGGUAUCACAUCGAUUCGUGCGUACGGUGCUCAGGAAGCUUUCCGGCUUGAGUCGUACAAGCGUAUCGACGAUUACACACGCGCCGCUCGCAUAUUCUACAACCUCAAUCGCUGGGUCAGUACUCGCAUCGACGUCCUGGGAGGGCUCUUCUCAGCUGCUCUUGGUACAUACCUUAUCUACGGGCCAAGCAGCGGCCAAGCUCUUCCGUCUAACGUCGGCUUCUCUUUGGCCAUGGCAGUUGGCUUCAGUAGCAUGAUUCUAUCCUGGGUGCGGAUCUACAAUAGCUUCGAGGUCAAGGGAAACAGCCUCGAACGCCUGCAAGGCUACAUGAUCAUCGAGCAGGAGCCGAAACCGGUGCAUGAGCUGACUCCCGCGGCUGCAUGGCCGACGAGUGGCGACCUGCGUGUUGAGCAUCUCUCUGCGCGCUACUCCCCGGAUGGGCCCAAGGCUCUUCAUGAGCUGUCGUUCCGCGUCAAGUCUGGCGAGCGCGUCGGCAUCGUCGGUCGUACCGGGAGCGGGAAGAGCUCCUUAACUCUUUCGCUGCUUCGGUGCAUAUUCACUGAAGGCGACGUGUACUAUGACGGCGUCAAUACCGCGAACCUCAACCUCGACGUGCUUCGGACGAGCAUUACGAUCAUCCCUCAAGUUCCCGAGCUGCUGAGUGGCACACUGCGUGAGAACCUGGAUCCGUUUGGGGAGCACGAUGAUGCGGAGCUCAACUCCGCUCUACGCGCAUCGGGUCUAUUCUCGCUGCAAAGCGAGACGGACAAGGAUCGCAUCACACUCGACUCACAGAUCUCGAGCGGUGGUGGCAAUCUGAGCGUUGGUCAGCGCCAGAUCCUGGCGCUUGCACGCGCGCUCGUUCGGGGAAGCAAGCUCCUUAUCCUGGAUGAGGCAACGUCCUCGAUUGACUAUGAGACGGAUGCGAUCAUUCAAUCCUCCCUUCGCAACGAGCUCGGUGGCGACGUGACGCUGCUCACUGUCGCCCAUCGCCUACAGACCAUCAUGGACGCGGACAAGAUCAUGGUUCUUGAUGCUGGGCGCAUCGUUGAAUUUGACCAUCCUCAGCGUUUGCUUGAGAAUAAUGACGGAUUUUUCAAGUCACUUGUUGACGAGAGUAGCGAUAGAGAGGCUCUGUACGCGAUGGUUGCUAGAUGA